GGCCAGAGCCCAAGAAGAAGAAGAAGAAGAAGAAGAAGAAGAAGACAGCCGUCGCUGAUGAGACCAGCAAAAGAAGAAAAAGUAUUAUUUUGAAGCUGGUUUCGAGUUUGAAUAACAUUACCAUGAAUGGGGUCUGUGUAUACAGCUCUCUUCUUCCUCUGGCUCAUCUACCUGCCUGACCUGAACUCACCCGCCUCUAGCUCAGCCUCACCCAGCCCCCACCAGCCCCUGCACCGAGCCCAAGUCAAACCAAACUUCCUCCCCCUCUUCUCCCAGCUUCUUUCUCCCAGUUUUUAACACUGCACUAUGGCAGGGCGAGGCGGACCGGCACGGACCAACGGCACUGCAGCAAGCAACAAGAUUUGCCAGUUUAAGCUAGUGCUGUUGGGGGAAUCAGCAGUGGGGAAGUCCAGCUUGGUGCUACGCUUUGUCAAAGGCCAGUUCCAUGAGUACCAGGAGAGCACCAUUGGAGCUGCCUUCCUCACACAGACGGUAUGUUUGGAUGAUACAACAGUAAAGUUUGAGAUCUGGGACACUGCAGGACAGGAACGGUAUCACAGUUUGGCACCUAUGUACUACAGGGGAGCCCAGGCCGCCAUCGUUGUCUACGAUAUCACCAACACAGACACAUUCACACGUGCAAAGAACUGGGUGAAGGAGCUCCAACGACAAGCCAGCCCAAAUAUUGUUAUUGCACUGGCAGGGAACAAAGCAGACCUGGCCAACAAGAGAGCUGUAGAUUUCCAGGAAUCACAAGCAUAUGCAGAUGACAACAGUUUGCUCUUCAUGGAGACUUCAGCCAAGACUGCUAUGAAUGUCAAUGAGAUUUUUAUGGCUAUAGCCAAGAAGCUUCCUAAGAACGAGCCUCAGGCUGGAGCAGGCACUGCUGGACGAGCCCGAGGCGGCGUGGACCUGCAGGAAACUGCACCGCAUGGCAGAAGUGGCCAGUGUUGUGGAGGCGGGAACUAACCAACACAAUGAGUCAGCUGAUCCAACCAAUCUACAGCUUCGAUCAACCAGACCAGAUAUUAGCCAGCUGUCAAACAAUGUCCCAUUGGUCAAACCAAGCCAUGGUCCGACCAACUACCCUAUCAGCACCAAUUAACUGUUUGGCAAAUAAGUCCACUGGCCAGUAAACUGCCAGGACCCCCCCCCCCCCCAUAUGGUUCCAAGUGAUGAACCAAUCAACAGACCAAGAAAUCGACCCACAGGCUUAUUUACAGAUUGCCAAUCCAUGACCUCUCUAUUGAUGAUGGACACUUGACGUCACCUUAGGGGAAAAACGUCCCACUCUUGGAAGAAGGAAAAAAAAAGAUCAGUCAUUACCAAUGGCACUUAAUAGGGCCAUCUUGCUCAUCUUUGUUUCUGUAUAUGUGUAGAGGAAAAAAAAAUUAACACAACAGGAAGGAAUAUAAACAGGCUCAUUGGCCCUGUCACUGUCUUCUCUUUUGCCCCCUGCUUUCCCAUGCACCAUGCAUUUCUAAAGUAUUCUCAUCAUCUCAUGACACUGUUAAAACUCAAAUCCAGGUGCAUGCCGCAGUCCAUCACUUUUCUGUCUUGUUCCUGGUCAGCUUCCUGGAAAAGAUGAAGAGAGAAGGUUCGUAACAGGAGUGUGGGAAUGGACAGAUAUUUCCUUCUUGAUAGAGCUGUGUAGAUUGAAUUAUUACAUUGUUAUUGUCAUCACUAUUAUUAUGACUUCAACCUCUUUUGACUGUUCAGUAUGAUUUUAAAGCCUGGACUUAAAGGUUUUACAAUCAUCAAUCUAUGUUAUCAAACCAUAUACAGUAAAUAGUACUUUAUUAACACUGUCACCCAUAAGUAAUUUUAGCAUUAAUGUAAUGUUUUUGAAUCAUCAUUGUACAAAGACAAAUACAUAAAGCAAGAUUUGUUUUCUUGACCAAAAUCACAACUGUGUAUUGAAAACAUGUUGCUGUAUUUGUAUCAGACUUUUCAAGUUUAUAAUCAAUCAGUAGUUAUUGUCAAAACAAUAUCUUCCCAAUCUCUACAUGAUUUUCUGUCAACCUUAAUUAUUUUGUGUUUUUUUUUUUUUUUUUUUUUUUAUGUCUGAAUUUUUUUUUUUUUCUGAAGAUCUAUGGUAUUAAAUGCACUGGUUCUGUCUCAUCAUCUUUGUGAAUUGAGAUGUUAUCCUCUUCCUUUACUGUUUCUAUUCUCUAUUUGUUUUUACUCUUCAUAUCAGGGAGGGAUUGCUUUCAACAGUGUUGUCAUCCUGUUAUGGCAUCAAAGACUAGCACAACAAUACCUGCACAGCAGCCACUGCUGUCGGUGGGGGAUAAUGGGCAGGGUGGGGUCAUUGGUAGAGAAGGAAGAAAAAAGUGUAAUUUUAUGAAUAAACAAGGGGAAGGUA